AUGAUUAUUUUCUUCGUUUCUUUGUUCAUUGUUGGCGCAAAAGCCUCAAUUGCAAGGGCUGAUGAUCAUUUGGAGGCGAGUCAGCUUCAAUUCCUCCGCUUUGUUUUACCGGAUUAUUUCUCGAAAGUGAGUGACAAUCAAUUAGAAAGCAUCACAGCUUAUCAAACAGAUGAGAAACUCAGCUACAAGCAGCAAAAAGACGAGACUUUCCGUUACUUGAAAGAAAAUAGUAUUGAUAGGGAGAUUGUGCAACACUUCGAAGACUAUUACAAGUUAGAGGCGGCGAAACGCGGCCGUUUUCACAAAUUCUCCGAGAAUUUGGCAAAGGCAAUUGAUGACUAUUUCGCCAUUUACAACAAACGCGAUCGUCCGAUGAGAGAAAAUAAGCAAGAGAUCAAUGCUUUGAUCAAUCGCUUGGAGAAACCGAUUGCUGGAGCGCUGAAGAUCGCGAUCAACGAGUUGGAGUCGUCAAAGCUGCUUAAUGCUUCCAAAAAGAAAACCGUUACUGAGGGAAAGCGCGAUGAUUUGGGAAAUCUGAAUGUCGAUAUU